AUGAUUCUUCCUCACGAGUUGGUCAUUCAAAUCUUACUGAGGUUGCCGGUAAAGUCUCUUAUACACUUCAAGUGUGUUUGUAAGUUAUGGCUUUCUCUUAUCUCUCAUGAUUCACACUUUGCAAAAUCACAUUUUCAACUCACAGCCACAGAACCCAAUUGUAGAAUUCUACAUAUAUCAAAUUCAACGCAAUCCAUCGAUGUCGAAGCAUCGCUUGACAGUGGCAUUUCACCCAACCUUGAUUGGAUCUUUCCAGAGUAUUUUACCGUUAAUUUUCCAGUUAAAGGGUCAUGCAGAGGGUUCAUACUUUUCUGCGGCUCCUUAAACAUCUACGUAUGGAAUCCAUCCACUGGAGUUCACAAAAGAAUACCUUUAUCUCCUUUUGGUUCUGAUUUAGAAGCUGAAUAUUUCUAUGGUUUUGGGUACGACGAUUCAACCGAAGAUUACUUGGUUGUUUCAAUGUAUCAUUAUAAUGCUCCUCCAUUACACUUGGAGUAUUACUCAUUGAAAGCUAAUACAUGGAAACAAGGAGGAGAUCAUUGUAAAGUUUCCUCAUCUUGUUCUACAUGGUGGAAAGAUAUCAUGUUGUUAGGGAAGACUCAUUUUAAAGAUCCUAUAGUCUCUAAUAAGAGUUUCGGUGGCGGGCAUGGGGGUUGGAGUGAGGAUAGGUGGAAGUGGGGAAAUCUCGGGCUUUUCGCGGUUGUGGGUAAUAAUCCAAUGUUGUUGGCCGAUUUUUUGUUUUUAAAGAGGAAAUUGGAGGCUUUCAGUAGUGUCUUGGAAGGGGCGCAUUCAGUUAAAUGGUUGCUAGACUUAGAUGGAGGAUUUUCGAUAGCUUUGAUUUACGCGUUCCUUGCUAGUUUUCGGGUUCCUUUUCGCCCGUCUACUAGGUAUGAUUCGGUGUUGGGUUUGGUUUAG